AUCUAAUUUCUCAGCAAGUGCUUACAAUUAGCAGUCUCCGUUUCUGUGGCCGGCCAUGGUGGACGAAAGCAAUCCCUCCAAGAAACGGAAGUUGGGCUCCGGCGGCCAGACCCGGAACCACUUCGUGAACUAUAAUCCGGAUCCAGAUCUCCCUACGACCCAACCGUCGUCCAAUUGCAAGAAACUUUGUACUGCUCAUUGCACUAGAUCAUCUCCAACUACUCCUGCCAUCCAGGACUACCACAAGAAAGACGAGGGUUCGAAAGAAGCUGUAGGACCUCGAGGCGUAAAGCGAAAACUAAGCUAUGACGAUGCAAGUGAAGACCAAUUGACAGUAAGCAGUACUGAAACGACUUCUGAAGAUACCACACCUGUUGAUGAACACUUGAAGCAGCUGUCGGAAAUAAUAGACACCAUUGAAGGUAGUUGCCCCGACUUGAUCGGCCCAGUCAGUCUCCUUGAUCUCUUUAGUCCUCCUUCAGGUUCUAAAUCUAAAGAUGGUUGUAAAAAGGCCACUAGAGGAGUUAUGCUGUUAAAAGAAGGAUUAAGUAUACUCACUGAAGCCAAACACCUGUUAACCGUUGUGGAUGAUUCAGAGGCCGAAAAGUGAAUUUCAUUGAUAUCUCGACACUUGAUAUCAUGAGGUGGUAUAAAAUUUAGUUCCCCUAAAUUAUUCUUGUUAUCAUAUCAAAUAGCAAUAAAUAUUGUAGUUCUACAAUAUGUAUGUUAUAUGUCAGAAUUUUUAAAUUAAUAAAUCAGGUAAACAAUCCGUUUAUCUUGCUUGCUAA